AUGGCUGACAGAGUGAAUGGGCUGUCCUAUUUCUAUGGUAACAUCACGCGGGAGGAGGCAGAAGAAUACCUGCGACAGGGUGGCAUGAGUGAUGGCCUCUAUCUAUUGCGGCAGAGUCGUAACUACCUGGGUGGUUUUGCCUUGUCAGUGGCUUAUGGCCGCCAGUGCUACCACUAUACCAUCGAGAGAGAGAUCAAUGACAUGUAUGCCAUCGCUGGUGGCAGAUCUCACAGGAGUCCCGAAGAUGUGAUUGACUACCACUCACAGGAGUCAGACGGCCUUAUCUGCCUGCUGAAGAAGCCCUAUAACAGGCCUCGGGGCAUGCAGCCUAAGGUGGGACCAUUUGAGGACAUGAAGGAGAAACUCAUCAGGCAGUACGUACAGCAGACAUGGAACCUACAGGGAGCUGCAUUGGAACAGGCAAUAAUCAGCCAGAGACCACAGCUGGAGAAACUCAUCGCCACCACGGCGCAUGAGAAGAUGCCCUGGUUCCAUGGUAACAUCACACGUGAUGACUCUGAACCGCGCUUGCUGAAGAGCCCACGUACCAACGGCAAAUUUCUAAUAAGACAACGAGACACCAAUGGGUCCUAUGCCCUGUGUCUCUUGCAUAAUGGCCAGGUCAUGCACUAUCGCAUUGACAAGGAUAAAUCUGGUAAACUGUCCAUACCUGAUGGAAAGAAGUUUGACACACUGUGGCAGCUGGUGGAGCACUAUUCCUAUAAGCCAGAUGGCCUGCUGAGAGUGUUAACUGAACCCUGUCCACGCCCUGAUGGAGAUGUCCACGAUAUAGGCCGACCAGCUCUUCCACGCGGUCACCCUGGGAGGGGUGCCACAGGAGGGAUUCUCUCCAGAAUCAAAUCCUACUCCUUCCCCAAACCUGGCCAAAAAAAGCCCUCUUCUGGAUUGGUGAGGGGAAAGACAGACCAGUCCCUGUACCUUCUCAUUCUGAAUGUAUUUUUUCUCUACGUUUAUGCGUGUCACUCCAUCUUAUUUGUCUUACUGUGUCCACAGCAUACAGCUAGCAGUCGCAACAAAACUGAUGAAAAUCUCAAUGCUUAUGAAAUCAGAGGACCAAAUAAUCUCAACAAAGAGGCCAUGCCCAUGGAUACAGAGGUGUAUGAGAGUCCAUAUGCAGACCCAGAUGAGUUGCGCUCGACCACUGUGGACCGCAACCAUCUGUUCCUGGAGGAUGGGGAGCUGGGUUCAGGCAACUUUGGCACAGUCCUUAGGGGCAUCUACAAGAUGAGGAAGACAGAGAAAACAGUGGCUGUCAAGAUCCUGAAGAAUGAUGAGGACAAUGCAGCGGUGAAAGAGGAGAUGCUACGCGAGGCAAAUGUUAUGCAGCAGCUUGAUAACCCAUACAUUGUCCGCAUGAUCGGUAUCUGUGAAGCUGAGAACCUUAUGUUGGUCAUGGAGCUGGCAGAGCUGGGUCCGCUGCACAAGUUCCUGCAGAAGAACAAACAGGUUUCCACGAAGAACAUCACAGAGCUGGUGCAUCAGGUUUCCAUGGGGAUGAAGUACCUUGAAGAAAACAACUUUGUGCAUAGAGACCUAGCAGCAAGAAAUGUCCUCUUAGUAACUCAGCACUAUGCCAAGAUCAGUGACUUUGGCCUUUCCAAGGCACUCACAGAGGAGGAGAACUACUACAAGGCCAAGAGCCAUGGGAAGUGGCCCCUGAAGUGGUAUGCCCCCGAAUGUAUGAACUACUUCAAAUUCUCCAGCAAGAGUGACGUGUGGAGCUUUGGGGUCCUGAUGUGGGAGGCAUAUUCAUAUGGGCAGAAGCCAUAUAAGGGGAUGAAGGGAGCUGAGGUGAUUCAGAUGAUUGAGGGUGGAGAGAGAAUGGCUGCUCCUGCUAACUGUCCACCUGAGAUGUAUGACCUCAUGAAGAAAUGCUGGACAUACAAGCCGGACCAGAGGCCUGGCUUUGCACUAGUGGAACCUAGACUAAGAGACUACUAUUAUGACAUAUCCCAGUGA